UGACAUGAAUAUAUUAGUUGUGUUAUUUGUUCACGUAGCAUGUGAAGAGAGAGCACGGGCCUUUUCACUGUUCCCUUGUGAUACAUCACCUCUCAAUUCUCAAAUACUCCCUUUGUUGUCUCUCGUGUUCUCUGGGACACACUGCUCCUAACACGGGCAUUUGUAUUUAUGCUUAAACAGUUCCUUUCAAAGUUUACAACCUUUUUGUUUCACACCACUAGGAGAGUGACCCGUUCCAAUUUCUAAGUCCAAGGAUGCAAGAUAUCCCCUUCUGUAGCCUUAUAGUUUUCUUCUUUCUAAUUGGGGCUUCUUUGGUUUCUCCUUUAUAUGACGGCCCCCUAUAUGACUCCACUGCUUACGCCGAGUGCAAAGAGAAGCCAGAGGAGCCACUUUAUGGAGGAGGACUUUUCAACACUCGUCGUGGUGUUGAAGGCACCAUUGAUUCAUCAAUAUCAAACGUUGCCAACAACAGCUAUGUGCCUUCACUCGUUCUGUAUAAUCUCACUCAGGGCACCAUUUACUCUUUUUCCGCAUGGGUGAGAGUAAAAGGUUCAAGUUCAGCUAUGGUAAGGACCACCCUGGAAACGGAGAAAGAGACGCAUGACUGCAUUGGGACAGUUUCGGCCAAGCAUGAAUGCUGGUCAUUCCUGAAGGGUGGAUUUGUUCUGAAUUGGUCUUCAAAUUUAUCCAUGAUCUUCUUCCAGAACGCUGAUGGUAAAGAUAUCAAUAUAGAUGUUGCUAGCCCAUCACUCCAGCCAUUUACUAAGCAACAAUGGAGAAUCAAUCAACAGUAUAAAAUCAAUACUCAAAGAAAGCGUGCCGUCACUAUUCAUGUGUCAGAUAGUAACGGGAGGAGAUUCCAAGGAGCUUCCAUCUGUAUAGAGCAAAUCUCAAAAGACUUCCCUUUUGGAUCUGCAAUAGCAAAGACCAUUCUUGGCAACUUACCCUAUCAGAAUUGGUUUGUGAAGCGGUUCAAUGCGGCAGUGUUUGAAAAUGAGCUCAAAUGGUACGCCACAGAACCUGAUGAAGGCAAGGUCAAUUACACCAUUUCAGACCAGAUGCUGCAAUUUGUUAGAACAAACAAUAUUAUAGCAAGAGGGCACAACAUAUUCUGGGAAAACCCUAAAUACACUCCUCCAUGGGUUCUUAACCUUACAGGCACCAAGUUACAAUCUGCUGUGAAUUCUCGAAUACACAGUCUCAUGAGCCAAUACAAAGAUGAGUUCAUACACUGGGACGUCAGCAAUGAAAUGCUUCAUUUUAAUUUCUACGAGGAAAGGCUUGGACCUGAUGCCACAUUGCAUUUCUUUGAGACAGCACAUGAAUCAGAUCCAUUGGCAACGCUUUUUAUGAAUGACUUCAAUGUUGUGGAAACAUGCAGUGAUGUAAAAUCCACUGUUGACGCCUAUAUCUCGCGGGUAAGAGAACUGCAACGAAAUGGCAUCUUCAUGGAUGGAAUUGGCUUGGAGGGUCACUUCACAAUACCCAAUCCUCCCCUUAUCAGAGCCAUCCUUGACAAGUUGGCAACACUUGGCCUUCCCAUUUGGCUUACUGAGGUUGAUAUAAGCAAGACACUUGAUAGAGAUGCACAGGCAAAUUACUUGGAGGAAGUGUUGAGGGAAGGCUUCUCACAUCCUUCUGUGAAUGGGAUAAUGCUUUGGACCGCAUUUCAUCCAAAUGGGUGCUACCAAAUGUGCCUGACAGACAAUAAUUUCAAGAACCUCCCAGCAGGUGAUGUGGUGGACAAACUUGUUGAAGAGUGGCAAAUCAGUCGUGUAGAGGGAGUCACAGAUGUGCACGGUUCCUAUAGCUUUUAUGGGUUCUUAGGAGAAUAUAGAAUUAGUGUCAAGUAUGGCAAUAAGACUACAAAGUCAACAUUCUCCCUCUCUCGAGGUGAUGAAACUAGACAUUUUACUAUUACAAUAUGACACUUAGAUAUAUAGUACUAGUAUUUAUCAAGCUGCUUAACUUCACUAGAAACUUUAGUGUCAAAUUCAAAUGCUAUUAUAAUCACCGUCGUACGUAGAUGACUAAAUGCAAUGCACGCAGUAAUGUCAAAUCUGCUUGCAAGUUCUUCGUUUCUAGUCGUAGAAUGCUUGAAUCAAGAUGCUAUCUAUAUAUCUUCAGAAAUUCUUCUAUAAAUCUAUAUUUCCCGAUUUGAGUCU